GGGGCGCGGGGAGGUCUCGGCCGCCGCUGACGGGAAGAUGUCGGGGAGGAGAAGCGUCGGCGACCCGGAGUAUUUAACCAGGAGGAUCCCUCAGAAUCCUAAAUAUCAACACAUAAAAACUCGCCUUGACACUGGUAAUAGUUUGACAAAAUACACCGAGAAGUUGGAGGAGAUCAAAAGAAAUUACAGGUACAAGAAAGAUGAGCUGUUUAAAAGACUGAAGAUCACUACUUUUGCCCAGUUGGCCAUCCAGGUUGCUUCUCUAUCUGAUGAAACAUUAGAAGUGACAAAUGAGGAGAUCCAGAAGCUGGAAGAUGGUGAUUCUGCUGCCUCAGAUGCAGAUGCUGAACUCACAGCAGGGACAAAUGGGAAAGGAAGCCCCCGCGAGGCACCACUUAAUCCGCUCCUGUUCAUAAACAACACAGGAGCAGGGGAGUCAUACCGAUCCACACUGCAGAGCGUUAUAAGUGGUGUUGGUGAACUAGAUAUAGAAAAGGACGUUCCGAAGAAAGCGGACCCUCAGGCUAAAGACAUGCCUUAUCCCGACUGCCCCUUCCUGCUUUUGGACGUACGAGAUCGCGAUGCAUACGACCAAUGCCAUAUUGUUGGAGCUCAUUCUUACCCUAUUGCAACACUAUCUAGAACCAUGAAUCCGUAUACCAAUAGCAUUCUGGAAUAUAAAAAUGCACAUGGAAAAAUUAUUAUUUUGUAUGAUGAUGACGAGAGGAUAGCCAGCCAGGCUGCUACAACCAUGUGUGAGAGGGGCUUUGAAAACCUGUUCAUGUUAUCUGGAGGCCUCAAAGUCCUCGCACAGAAGAUCCCGGAGGGACUGGUCACGGGCUCACUCCCAGUGUCGUGCCAGGUGGCAACUCAUACUGCAUCUGCCCGAAAGAAGGCCACUCCCAAAGUGCCACCCGCACGUGCUGAGAAUAAAUGGAGAUUUACUGCAGAUGAUCUACAAAAGAUGAAGUAUUACCUAGAAGAGGAGCAAAUUCCUUCAGAUACUGCCAGCCGUCUUAGCCGCGGUUCUUCGGGGCGUGACUCCAAGGCGACAACUGCGAGGAGCAACCACAGUCUCCCCGGCGCUGCGGGCUCAGCUGGAUCGCUCACCGCCCGCUCGCUCAGCAGCAGCAGCCUCCAAAAUCGGCCAUGGAAAUAGGCAGCGGUGUCUCUUUCAGCUGAAUAAAUGAAUGCCCAGGUUCUGGGAACCGUGAGCGGUACAGCCCGUUUGUCGUUUUAGGAAUCUGCAAAGAAAAGCAGCAGCGGUAUAAAAAUGGCAGCUUGGGAAAGGCUGGGGGAGCUGGAACGGUUGAUGUUUCAUAGGAGCAGGAGUGGUGUCGCUUUGAUCAGGCUGACCUUUAGGUGCGGUGUCAGGACAGUGUCGACAUAACUGGUUUCUAGGGGAAGGAGGAACUGGUAGUAAAGCCUGGGACCAGUAGAAAUGGUUCUAUGAAACUUGUAGUUCAGACUUAAUGAAUUUGUGUCUGUAACAAAUACGCCUUCGGCGCUAGGACCAAAUCUGUGGACUGUGCUAAUAUGUGAACUCACGUGAGGGUAAAUGGGCCAGAAAUCAUCGGUGAACAAAACCCUUUGUGUCUAGGAGCAGUGAUACGGACAUUCAACAAAUUGCCAAAAUGGUGGAGAGAGGGUUCCAUCAUUUUUUUUAAUAUUAUGUUAAUGAACAAAGUAUUUGUAAUAAAGAUUUUCUUUUGAAAUAAUGCCCAGCAUAGCGCUGUAACCUGACAGUUGUCUUUACUCGUGAACAAUUUGCAGAACAGUGUUGUAUUUUUAAAAGUGCGUUGGACAGGAAGAUAACUAGGUUUUCCCUCUCCUCAUUUUCUGGAGUGUUUGACUUUUAAUUACGCUUUUCUGCUUUGUUCCUCGCUGUGGUUAUGGAGAAAGCUACCGCGUGGUGGUUUGGUUUCUAAAGGAUACAAGAGUAAUGCUCUGACAUGUGCAGAGAAGGAUUUUAGUUGACUUCUCUUAAGGUAGGAUCAGCUGCCCUACUCCUCUUACCCUGUCUGUACACUGGGAUCUCCUGGGUGCAACUGCGUACCAGUGCUUGCUUCUUUUUCCUCCUUGCAAGAGCAGGCUGCUGGUCAUUGUCAUCGCAGAGAACUGCAAAAUAAAUUGAGGAGACGGUCGGUCACUCUAAUUGUAGCCCGCCGGUCUUCCCUAACUGUGAUACAGGCCAAUGUGAGUCAAGAUUAGGAGGCAGAACUUCAUUUUGCUUUGUAAAAUACUUGCAGGUAAAUUGUGUUCCUUGUUUGAGCAGCAGAGAGCUUCACAGUGCCCGUGCCUGGUAGAGGCUUGAGAAUUAUUCCUAGCUAUGCCUUUGCUGGUAUUUUUGGAGAAGCGUCUUUAAAGUUAGGGUGACUGAAGGAAAAUUUUUCUUUUUUCCUCUCCAGUUAGGUACCCUGAAACUUAGGAGGGACAUGAUUGUGGUAGCUCAGUGGGGCCUGAAGAUUUCAUGGAAAACAAGCACCACAGCUUUCAUCAAAUCAGUGCUUCCAACCAUAUCAGUGUUGGUUGGCUGACCUAGAAACCAGCUGAAACUCCUCAAAGUGACAAAGCUGAUACAGGGUGUGGAAAAAAGCAGGAAUGUGCUGCCUGUUAGCGACUUUGGGGGUGGCUGUGUGGAGACCCUGCGCUCCUGCCUUUACCUACAGUAUUACAGAGCUUAGCCCAGCUUUGGCUUCGUGGUUUUGUGCUUUUUGUGCGUGGCUUUGGGGCUUUUCCCUCCCUUUUGAUGUAGCCAAGUAAGCUUAAACAAGCCCCCAAAUACCCUGCUGUAGGAGACAAUUCUGGUGAAAGGGCAAGAAAGAUGAGAGAAGCUGCAGACAGUUUACAGUUCAGUAGCCUAAGAGUCAACACCUCUGAGUGCAUUCUGGCCUUAUCCCGUCUCUGAGAAGUAAGGCUUCCGGCCGCUCUGUUCGCAGACGCGUCUCUCGUCAAUGAAGCAGUGGGUCUUUCAGGUUACCUUUUCGCUGAACUGCAGCAUUGCCGCUUAAGAGUAUCCGUUUAAAGGGUCCCUCCCAAAGCAGGAGCCGCGGAGACCUCGUUCUUGUCCGCGGUGUUCUUCCCCCUGCAGCCUGGGCUCGCCUCUCCGGGCUUUGGUGACCCUCGUGGUGCGAGUAGGUGGAUAUCCACGGAAAGCUGAGCUUGACGGUGGAGCCUCACAGCAACGCCAAGCGUUCGCUGGGGACUAACUGUGACCCCGCACAGUUGCCUAUUUUGGUGUCCUGAGUCCACCACCCCUUUCUGGUUUGUAUGGCAGCUCUGUUCUUAUGUUGUUGUGAAAUAAAAAAGUUGAACUAAACGGCACCUCAUCCAUAGUUUGGUUGAUACCUUGAGCACUGCCAACCAGUCCAGGCUUGUGCCUGAGAAAUGGUACAGCUGCUCCGUACAGCUGCUCCGUACAGCUGAAGCUUAACGCUCGCAAGCAAGGUGAGAGCUGGGAGAACGUUACAUGCUUGGAACGGGGACCUGUACAAUGUGUAGGGCGCCGACGGCUUGUGAGGAGGCGGCGUUUUGGCUCCACGAGCGCUCGGAAGCGCCGUUAUGCAUGCGAAAGGCAUCCAGGUGAAGCUGGAGACAAGAGCAGGGGUCAUGGAUGUCGGCUGAAACCAAGUCCUGAUCUUUGCAGCUGCUGGAGAAGGGGUUGAAGUCCCUGGCUGCUCCAGGAAACCUUCUGAACCAGAGGGACCAGACUAAUCUGAGCUGUUUCACUGCCGGGACUGAGGAUCUUAAGGAAAAGGGCCCUGUACCUUCCUGUCUUCUGACCGUCCUGAUGGACAGGGUCAUCAAGAGGUUUUGUGAUGAUCUGCCUUGGUGGUGGCUGCAGCGGGAGGUGGGAACUCUGUG